GGGUACGUAUUCUCGCUGCACGAGUAGCCAAGGUGCGAAAAAGUUCUUCACAGCACCUAGGACCUCCAAAUAAUGUUGUUACUAUAUAUACAUAUGCAGAUACACAUUAAGGCUUCAUACUCUCACUGCCAGAGUAGUGGAGGUGUGGAGCGUCGGGUGGAUUGUUCAGGACAGUGCGGUUUGUGUGCUGAUCCAGGAGAGCCUUUGGCUCAUAUUUUUCAGCCCUGUAGCAAGCGAGGCAUGGACGGCGUUGUCCUGGAAAUGGAUUGGUCACGGUGCAACUUAUUUCUUGGAGCAGGUACUGAAGGAGUUCAGUUCGAGAAGAAAGGAAGAUUUAGUGAAACUCAUUUGGGGAUGCUGGGCCCUCCGGUGCGAGAGAAACCGUCGAGUAUGGCAGAAUUCUUCAUCUUUGGCGCGCCAAUUUAUGCUCAAGACAGAGGCGUUUGUGAAGGGUUGGAUUCAAUAGCAGGCUCCUAGCAGAGGAGGAAGAGCAGCGGGGCAUGCAGCAGCCUGUUCAAUCAUGGUACUGUCCAACAGCGGGGAGGAUGAAGGUGAAUGUUGAUGCCGCUAUCCGCGAGGGCUUCUGCGAUCUGGGUCGGUGUAUUAUUGGGGAUGAUGAAGGUAGAUUUGUGGCUGGUGUUGCUCGCCUGAGGCAGGGGCUCUAUCUGUUUUGAAAGCCAGAGUUGAUCGGGAUUAUGGAAGCUUUGAGUUGGCUACUGGAUUUGGAGUGGAAGGAUAUUGAAGUUGAGUCUAAUGCUUCCCGCGCUAUAUUGGAAAUUUUGAAGGGCUCGAGUAAUUCUUCCUUCGGAUUGGUGGCAGAUGAUAUUAGAGAUCUGGCUAAGAAUUUUUCCAGCAUCUCUUUUCCUCACGUCAGAAUGUCAGCCGCUCAUGUCAUAGCAAAGAUGGCACUUUCGUUGUUUGAUUCUCCAUUGUUUAAUCGACAAUGAUUUGAUUAAUAUUAGUUAAUCUUUUUUCUCUAAAAAAAGGAUUUAAGCAUUAUUCACGCUCGAUGCUUGUCUUUGAUUAUUCAAAGGACACGGUUGCCUCUUUCUCUAUUGUUCACCUUUUCUUUUAA